GCCGCCCCCUCGUCACUCUGCUUUGAGCUUCUGACACGAGACGUGAGGACCAGCUGCUCUUCAUCUGAUCUUCUGUGAACUUCCUUCCUGCGUGAACAUGGCGCAAAUCAACACCUGCAUCAAAGUGACCUUCACUGUGUUCAACAUCAUCUUCGCAAUCUUUGGGGCCUUGAUCCUCCUGCUGCCUCUGCUCUGUCAGGUCUACAUCAGAGAAGACAUUGAGAAUCGCACCACCGGCCUGGUAGUCCUGUAUGUGGUGGGAGGCGUCACCCUGGUCAUCGGCGUCCUGGGAGCGUACGGUGCCCACAGGGAGAAAAAAGUGUGCCUGAUCCUCUUCCUGGUGUGUAUGGUGAUGGGAAGUCUGAUGAUGCUGAGAAUUGGAAUCGUCACUGCUUUUGUCCGACCGAAGUUGACAGGUAUCGUGACGGAGCAGUUCCGUGCCCUGCUGCCGCUCGACACAUCCACGGAGGAGGUGAAGAGCGUGGCCGACGGCAUCCAGUCACAGCUGCAUUGCUGCGGCCUCUUCAGCUACACGGACUGGGAGGGCAACAUGCCUGAGUCAUGCGAGUGCACCAGCGAGGAAGUGGAGGAGGGCGUCUGUCAGAGCGUCGAGUACAUGAGCCUCUUCCAGAGGAAGCAGAUCUACAGCCAGCCCUGCUUUCCCAUCCUCAUGAAGUUCUUCCUCAUCGUCGCUGACAUCACCAUCGGCAUCUUCUUCAGUCUGGCUACGCUGGCGCUGCUCGGUAUGAUCCUGUCGUCCAUCAUGAUCCACCAGCUGCGUCACCCCACCCAAGCCACCGUCCUGAUGGUUCCCAGCAUCUUCACCACUGGGCUGCCAAAGUACCAGGAGCUGCAGAACUCUCCGAACUACUAGAGGAGCAGCGCUGCCCUCUGCUGUCAGCCUGUGGUAAAGGUCUGAAAGUCUGAGGAGCUCCAUUCAAACCUUUAACGUGAUUGUUAAAAAAGACGCUGAAUGAAAAAUAUUUGCAUUGGAUGAUUCUUCUGUUUUCUGUCAGAAUCUCUUUUUUAAGGAUGUUUGUUGAAGUUUUUCAAAUUUUUCUAAUGAUCAGAAGAGUUUUCCGGUUAGAAAAUGUACUUGCGUCAGGAGAUAACGGAGAAAAUGUUUCAGUGAGACUCAAAAUCCUGACAUUAACAUCUCAGUUCUGCAGAUUUAAAUUAAGAUGUUAUUAAUUAAUUCAAUUCUGACCUUUUUUUUUUCUCAAUAUUUUAAUUUUUUUAGUUUGUGAAAAGUUAUUUUUUCUUGUGAUUGUGUAGAAAAACAAGAACAGAUUCUUCUCUAAAAUCCUUUUUUUUUUUUAUCACUUUACACAAACAACUUUUACACUGAAAACCAAAUGUUCUUUAAUCCACUGUUUGCUUAUAGUUUUUUUAGUUCAGGAAAAGCAGAUGUCUGACAAAAGUGCACUUAACUCUGUUUGCACAAAUAGAAUUGUUUGAAGAAUCAUUUUUCCUUUCGACUGUGAAUGGUUUGAAAUCGUACUUUAUUUCUAUUUUUAAAAUAUUUUUGAUAUUCUACACUUUGUAUUGAAUGUGACUGGGUCUGUUCUUUGUGUUACUGUCGUCCUCUUAAUAAAAAACAUCUUUUAUGACCCACAUCUUCCUGUUAGUGUAAAGUGUUGUGAAAGGGAAGAAGUCACUUUACAGGUUUUAACUUCAAGAAAAAUUGAAGAAAAGCUAAAUUGUUUUUCAUCUGUUUCAUGUUUGAUGUUGAAAAGAUUACAAAUAAAACUUAAGACAGGAAA